AUGUCGGACGGCCACGCCAGGGAAGAAGCGUCCGGUCGCUGCCAGCCCUGGGUGAUUUUGUUUUCGAGUCUGAACAGCUGCUUGUGUUUGCCAGGAGGAACCAGUGCAGCUGGCCCAGAGUUUCCUCACGAAGUGGUCGUUCCUCGGUGGAGAGCAGUGGGAAGCCUCGGCAGCACUAAGCAUCCAUUCAAAGCUGAAGUCAAGAUCACAGCAGAGGGAAAGGACCUCAUCCUGGAUGUUGAGAAGAAUGAGCACCUCUUUGCACCGGGCUACACCGAAACCCAUUACACCCCGGCUGGAGUGCCCCAGACCGUCACUUUGAACCACACGGACCAUUGCUUCUACCACGGUGCCGUCCGAGGCGUGGGGCAAUCCAGCGUCGCGCUCAGCACGUGCACGGGGCUGCAAGGUCUGAUUGUCCUCAGCCCCGACCUCAGCUAUGUCAUUGAGCCCGUUCCUGAGAGCCGGGAGCAGCACUGGGUCUACAGAUUGGAGCACCUGAAGGUCCCACCUGGGUCCUGUGGGUACCAGCUUGCUAAGCCCACAGACAGACGCCGGCUCCAGGAGUUUGUGAGGCCGCUGAACGUGACCCUUCACCGGGCCAGGCGGGCGGCUCCGGAGCCUAUGAAGUACGUGGAGCUUCUGCUGGUGGCAGAUUAUGCAGAGUUUCAGAAGUACCAGGGGGACGUAAGGAACAGAUUAGUGGAGGUGGCGAAUUAUGUGGAUAAGUUUUACAAGGCCCUAAACAUUCGGGUUGCCCUGGUUGGGCUGGACAUCUGGAACCACCGGGAUCAGUGCGACGUCUCCGAGAACCCCUACUCCACCCUUUGGUCCUUCCUGGCAUGGAGACGCAAGCAGCUGGCGCGCAGGAAGCACGACAAUGCCCAUCUCAUCACCGGGGUGCAGUUCCAUGGGACCACGGUUGGCUUGGCCCCGCUGAUGGCCAUGUGCUCGGAUUUCCAGUCGGGAGGAGUGAACAUGGAUCACUCUUCCAGUGCCAUCGGCGUGGCUGCCACCAUUGCCCAUGAGAUGGGGCACAAUUUUGGCAUGAAUCACGACUCAAGUGGCUGCUGCACUGCCCGGUCCGAGGAUGGAGGCUGCAUCAUGGGUGCUGCAAUAGGGCACCCGUUCCCCAGGGUGUUCAACAAGUGCAACGAGAAGGAGCUGGACCGGUACCUGCUUUCAGGCGGGGGGAUGUGCCUCUCCAACAUGCCCGACACCCGUACUCUGGUCGGGGGGAAGAGAUGUGGAAACGGCUACCUGGAAGAUGGGGAGCAGUGUGACUGCGGAGAGGUGGAGGAGUGCGAUAAUCCUUGCUGCAAUGUGGCCGAUUGCUCUCUGAAGCCUGGCGCCGAGUGCGCCCACGGCACCUGCUGUCACCAGUGCAAGCUGGUGUCUUCGGGGACUCUGUGCCGGGAGACCUCAGGGCAAUGCGACCUCCCCGAGCAUUGCACCGGCAAGUCGUCCUUCUGCCCCGUCAACGCCUACAAGAUGGAUGGCACCGACUGCUCCGGGGGGACGGCCUACUGCUACAGCGGCAUGUGUCUCACCUACCAGCAGCAGUGCUCGCAGCUCUGGGGCCGCGGAGCCAGACCCGCUCCUGACCUCUGCUUCGAGAGGGUCAAUGCUGCUGGUGACCCCUUUGGGAACUGUGGGAAGGACAUCAAUGGCCACUACCGGAAGUGCGAGGCCAGAGAUGCCAGAUGCGGAAAGAUUCAGUGCCAGAGCUCUGCUUCCAAGCCGGUGGCAUCCAACGCUGUCGCGAUAGACACGACUAUCACCGUGAAUGGGAGACGGAUCAGUUGUCGGGGGACCCACAUCUACAAGCCUACGGAGGAUGAGGGGGACAUACUGGACCCUGGGCUGGUGAUGACUGGGACCAAGUGUGGGAGCCAUCACGUCUGCUUCGAGGGCAUCUGCAUGAACACCUCCAUGAUCUUCGAAGCUGAAGGCUGUAGCAAGCGGUGCCAUGGACGGGGCGUUUGCAACAACAACAAGAACUGCCAUUGCGACUCUGGAUGGGCUCCCCCAGAUUGCAGCCGCCCCGGGAAAGGGGGCAGCGACGACAGCGGGCCCCUGCCCCCCAAAAACCUCAUCCCCGUGAUUGUCGGAGUCCUGGUUUUCAUUCUGGUGGUGGUGGUUCUCAUCAUUGUAUUUUGCUGCUAUAAAUGGAAGGAAAAACUCAUGGUCUUCAAGCAGGCCAUUGCUCAGUCAAAGAAGCCGCAGUUCAGCAGUGCCUCUGCUCCGGAGCAGGACAGUAGGAAGGGCCACAUGAAUCCCGCCUUCAAGCUGAAAACCCCAGAGGAGCAAAGAAAGGCUAUCGGGACACCUGCCAUCCCCCCUGCCCCUCCGGUCUCUCCUCCCCAGCCGGCUCCAGAGCCCAGCAUUAAUUUCCAGCCGCUCCCUGCUUUCCCGCCUGGGCGCAGCAGUGACACCACGUCUUCCCCGGGUCCAGCACGUGGGGUAGGAAUGAAGAAUGUGCCAAGACGACCUCCUCCAAAAAGACCACCCCCCCCUGCUCCCAAACUCCCAGUCCCGCAGGACACGUCCAGCCCCUGCCCGCCGCAGAAGGCCUUGCCAGCGACCCCCGUCCCUGCCGGACACAGAACCGGGCCAGGGGCUAACGCCCCGCCUCUGCUGCCCCCCACGGCUGCAAGGAGCCCAGGCCCACGCUGGCCACCACCAACAGAGAGCCCAGCAGCGCGGGCGGCCGGAGCAGCGCACGGCUUGAAGAUGUGACGGCGAGGCUCGGGGCACGGAUCAUCCCGCCGCACGCAGGCUCUUCCCGGAUCUCACGGGGCGUCGGACGGCUUCGCUGCCAGGACGCAGACAUGCAGGUUGCGUGCUGUUCCUUGUCUCCUCUUCCCCAGCCCGUCGUGUUUCUGGCCUGACUCUACACCAAAUCCAGGCCUGGUGUGACUGGUCCGUCCCUGGUCUAGGUAGAUGCAACUCCCGUUAAAUCCCCGGGGACUUGCAUCAGUGUAUAUACCGAUGCUGAGUGUAGCCCCCGUGCCGUCUGCUUCUCUUCAGCGCAGGAGUGACUUUUCAAAUGGCAAUGCUUUGUACUGUUCUGCAAUAUACAGUGCAGGAUGGGGAGAGAAAGGCCUUCUUAUGUCAGGCACCCAGAGGUUUCAACCACUGAAAAUACACCUGGGCUUGGCUGUGGAUCUGAGCUGGUCUAAAAGGACCAGCAGACUCUCUGCAACCAGCACCUCCUGCAACCUUUCUCUCCUCUCCUUCCAGUCAUUUGCAUGACCUGCUCAGUUUGUUUUUUCUGCUCCAGUUCACGUUCGGGGCCCGGGCUCACGGCUUUUCCAGCAUCCGCAUUGUUCGGACGCUGACAAGGUACUACCGAUUAAACUCUCUCAACAAGACGCAGGGUGCAAGAAGACAUUCCCGGGGAGGCCAGGUGCUGGUCACCUCCUCUCCGCUGUGCGCUGGGAAUGCAUUUCUCAUCAGACCAGUAGACUUUCCAUGUGUAGGUUUCUGUGCUGGGCGAUACAGUUCAACACCAGGUACGAAGAAGAAACUUCACUUGAAAGCUGCCGAGUUGGGAGAAAAGCGGCGGUUUUAAUAUCCCAUAUGGUGCUUUCCUUGGACGGCUGACUGAUUCCAGCUUCCUUCUCGCUGGACGUGGCGAAGGCAGUCCUCCAUGCGCACUUUACGCAGCUGAUGGUUCGAAUCCUAUGGACUUGACCUUGUGAAUUUGAUGUUUUUAAACUGGUUUGGAUUCCCACAUGUUUUAUCUCAGGAUUUUAGACUUCGGGCUGUUUGGUUCCCCCAGCCGUUUUGCCUCUUUUCCAAUUCUGGAGAAAUCUGUUCAGAAACGGGACAGAGCUUUACAGACAAGGUAGUCAAGGCUGUGCAGUGUGAGACACCUAUUAUGUGCUGCUGCUAUUGCAGAAACCAAAACCAGACCUUUCCCUUUCCCCUCCUUCCCCGCCGCACCCUGUUUUGGGGACCGUGUUUGCAUCAGUGCUCCCUGUCAAAAAAUGCCCUGGACCAUUUGCGUCAGACUUGGCUGUUUGCAGCAUUGGUACCUCUUCUUCAAGAGUCUGUGAGUAGACAGGGGUAUAUUUUUUUGCCUCUUUCUGUCCAUUGUUGCCCACUGCAGUGGCUGCUUUGGAUAUUUCCCCCGAUUCCCUAGCUCUGAAACACGGGCGAGCCAGUCCAAUUACCUCCCCCCCAGAGAAAUGCACAGAGGCGGAGUGAAAGAGAACGACUUGCUAAUCUCAACCUGCAGCUUCUCCACGCCGGCCCGUCGCGCUGUGCUCGUUACUGCCUGCUGCUGUCUGUGCUUGGAUGCACAGCAACAACACACGCCUUGAUGGAUGGGAGGAUUUUUGCAGGCACUUUAUUUGUAUAUUUUCCUUGCCAAAAGCAGUGAUGGAAGACUGCUCAGGAGGGAAUUGCACCAGCCGGGAGCUGUUCCUCAGGGGCUCCUUUCCAGGACCGUAGCAGCCACUUUUACUAGCUUCUCACUACUUGACUCGGGUCUUAGUCCCAAUCAGCAUGAGGCCUUUUGCAUACAGCUUGACACCUUAUUCAGAUCACUCACACGCACACGUAUGACUUAUUAAUCCCUGAAGCCAGUGACCCACCUAAGUUUACAGCCUCUGGUUCUGAUCAAAUGCCCCCCAAAAUUCAUCAGGAGUUUUUUCUUUGACUGUUGAGACAUGGACUCAAGCCCUCUAUGGAUCCCGCAGGAAACCCAAAGCGUAGAAUACAACCCAAACCGGUCUUUCCCGAAAGUUACAGCUCCUCCCGAAGGUAACACGCAGCAAAUCCUUUUGCAUUGUACACGUGUACGUGUGAGGCGAGUGGAUGGGACUUGGGGGGGAUACAAGGUGAUUUUAGGUACUUAUUGUUGUUGUUUCUUGGGAGAACAUAUGUGAAUAUGUGUCACUUCCUCUUCUGUCCGUGUAUUAAUGGUUUACAGUAAUGAUCUUGGUGCAUCUAUGCAAAUACUUGAAUAUGCAAUUCCUUGUGCCUUUUGCCUGGUUUAGAUUUAAUAAAUUUAUUGUCAAUUGGCAU